CAGCUCAUGAAUCCCUCCUCCAGCCAGAAAAAUGAGGAAAGCAUAAACCUGCGCCAGUUGAAAAACCAGUCGCAGCGGAAAAGGAAGAAGGAAGAAAAUAGAAGCGCCAUGCCCUAUCCCAAUCUAAACCUGCGAACCACGGCGCACGUUAUCCAGCAAUCGUCCGUCACCUUUCUUUCCAGCUUCUCGACCUUCCUCAUCCUCUCUCUCCUCCUCUUCUCCUUCAAAACCACGGUCGAGGACGCCACCCUCUCUCUCACAUCCUUCCUCGACCGCGAUCCAUCCCUUCAAACCCUUUUCUCCCGUCUCUCCUCCCCCCACCGCUCCCCUCUUUCCGCCCGCCCGCCGGAUUCCGUCAGAUCUCCAGCCGCUGGCACCGCCCCUCGCCCUCGCCGCCGCCCCUUCCUCCGCCUCACCCGUGUCGGAACCCUAGACGACGACUUCUCCUCCUCCUCCGACUACACCGACUCCCUCCGUCUCCGACGUCGUCCCGCCAAUGGCACUGUCAUAUAUUUGAGCCAUUUUACGGGCGAUGGAGCUAGGGCUUUCAGGAUCGCCACAUCUGGAUUCUUUCUCAUCGCUGAUGAGAGGGGCGAGAAGACAUCGGUUCGGGUUGAGGCGGACGAAGAUGAGGAUCGGCCAUUGGAUCUUCGGCUGUUCGGCCACGGCCUCGAUCUUGAUCGCCGGGAUGCUGCGGCCCUCUUCUUUCUGGUGAGCUUCCUCUCAGCUGCCUACGGCUGGGUGAUUCUAGCGUUUCUUUUCUCCUACUGCUGUGUCCUCGGAGUUGUUUUCUACGCCGUUGUGAAUUCUCACUUAGGUAGGCGCAGUUCGAUUCUUGAAACACUCCGGAUGGGAUUGAAGCUCGGAGUCCGACGGCUUGCGGGGUUUGUCUUGCUGCGGUGGGCUGUGCGGGAUGCCCUGACCCAGUUCCUUGGCCUAUGGUUCUUUUCCGAUGUCGACGACCAGUUCUCUUUCUUCAAACUUUUUGUGAGAUUGAAACUGAUGCCAUUCUCGGUCGCCUCGCCCUGGGUCCGUGGUGGAGCAGUUUCUGAGGUUGACAUCUCAGGGUUUGUAUCUGCUUGGGUCCUGCUUGACACGUUCGUGGACUUUGUGUUCGCGGUGGACUGCUGGGUUGCGAUAAUGGACACUCGCAGGAGUGGGCAGGAGAUUGUCAGGGAAGGGUGUUAUCUGAUGUCAACGAUGUUGAAUCAGGCAGUCCGCAUCAAAUGCCUGGAAUUUAUCUUUUCUGGGUCAGUUGCAAGGUGGGUUCUUGUUCGUAUUGGUGGGAGGCUGUUCGCAUCUUUUGUUCUGUCUAUGGCUGAGGUGUAUUUUAUGGUGGUGUGGUUGAUAUUCUACUUCGCUGUGAGGUGUAAGGAUGCUAAUUUGGAAGGGAGGAGGUUUGGGCAGAGAGAUUUGGAGGAUUAUAUCAAUGGCCUCAGAUGAGUACAGCAGUAUUGUCUGGUGGGAACUGUAAAGUAUCAGGGUCCUGCUCAUCAGCAAGCCUGUAGUCUGUUGGUUGCUCAAUACCCCAUGCAAGUGGGGCCAUAUUUGGUGAUCUAGAUGUUCAUCUGAUAAGUCUCACCGUAGAUGGGGCCCUCUGCUUCAGUGCCUUCCUCAUCUUCCUUGCCACCAUUUUGGAUACCACCUUUCCAAAACAAAAACCCACCUUUCAGUUACCAAACUGCAUUGAUUGUAGGAAACAUAACUGCCGUAACCAUGCAUCAAUCUCUUGGUCAUCCUCUUCUUUAUUACCUGUUUCUGCUUUCUUCUCCUUCUCAUCAAGGCAAUUGUAAUCCUCUAAUAUCUCCCAGAGUAGAUCCAUCUGUCUGCUGCUGUCAAUUGAAAUAGAACUCUCAUUGCAUUAUAUACUUAUCUACCAACCCUCUAUCAUCAUCAUCGUCAGCUCCAUACCAUUCUCGUUGCAUUCUCGUGACUGAGUUAUCUCCUACCCUGUAAGUCAAUGCCUGAGGCACCGUGUAUGUUAUUAGUGACCGUUCCUGUUGUUUCAAGUCUUGACUCGAAGCGUCUAGGACUUGGAGCCAUGGUGUUUUCUUUGAUGCUCUCAUACACCCUUUGGUCAUGUCCAUCGGUGAGCUUGGCAGAACCGAACCUCUUACAUUGUAAGUUGGCAUUCCAGACACCAUGUCCGCUGUUUCAAGCUCUCGAUCUUCGAAUGGGAUUUCUCCUAAAUUGUAGAUUGAUGCUGCCGACCCUGUCAAUGACUGGAGCUCUGAGGCUAUUGACCUGAAGGGCUCUAAGAGCUGAAGCUUGUUGGCGUUGUCGUCGGGUUCCAUGUGCGUCAUCCGGAUAAGAACCCACAUCUGGUUGUGGAGGGUGGAGGUGGUUGAGACUGGAGAGGGUGAAGAGAGUGAGGAGAGGUAGACAGGAGAUGCAGAAGGAAGAGAAUGUGACCAAUGUAAAGAGGGUGAGUAUAUAUGAAAAGAGCAAAUGAAGAGUAAGAAAUGAGAGAGCAAGAGAGUUAUGGCA